UAAAACAACAUUAAAAUAUAUAAAAAAAUAAGUUCUUAAAAUACAUGGAAAAUCAAAUAAAUAAAUGUUAAUAAAAUAUAGAAAGCCAAAUAAUUAAAAAAGUAAAAACAAAAAUUUAUAGUUCAUUGAGGAAAAAUUUAUCAUUAUAAGAAAAAAAAAAUAUAAAAUUCAACACCACCGCGGAGGCGGGGGCACAUACAACAAGAUGAGAUCAAAUCGAUGAGAAGUACGAACAACGAUGUAAAAGACACAGUAAGAAGGCAAGAGAAAAAAGCAAGAAGAAAAAAUAUGAAAUGUGAACAACAUACAACAACACAAAGAUAAAAUUAAAAAAAAAAAUACGUGCAAAGUUUUUGUUGUUGUCUUCUACUACUACUACUACUUAGUAAUUCUCCACUAAAUAAGAUUGUUGUUGUUGUAAUUGUUAUUUUUUAUUAGUGCACAGCCCUGGGAGGAGUAAAAACAGAAGAAGAAAACGAAAAGAAGUGAAAAAAAUGAAGUGAAUUUUUUAUUAUUGUAUAUUUUAAACAACAAAAAGUGAAUAAAAAAUAAAGCUACAAAGUCAAAAGCAGUGAAUAAAAUAAAAUAUUUCUUUAAUUUUGCCAAUUAAUUGAAAUAUAAAUAAAUUAAAAUAUACAUACAUAUACAAACAAAAUUAUCCACUAAAGAUAAAGUGCAUAGAUUUAUUUUCUACUUUAUGUGGUGUGGGCCAACGCGAUUUAAAAUUUUUGCAAUUUAAUAUCCCGUUAAGAAGGAAAAAAUACAAAAAUAGGAUUCAUUGUUUUCUUCUUCGUUUAUGUGGUUUACUAGGGUGCUAUAUCAAGCAGUCAUUCAACCGAAAAUUGAUUUUUUUUGGCAUUUGGAGUAAAAAGCUUUUAAUGUUUAAACGCUGAGCAGAAUUUUCCCAAAACCAUCAAUAUUGAGAUUUCAACAACAAAAUGCCACUGCCCAAACGUUCAAUUGAGCCGGUGCAUGUGGCCCGUUCUGUUUACCAGCAGGAUGAAUUACAAUCGGUAGAAUUAGAAACAGUCACAAAUACAACGCUAACAAAUAUCAUACGACAAUUGUCAUCACUGUCAAAACAUGCCGAAGAUGUGUUUGGUGAGUUGGCACGUGAUGUGGGCAAUAUUGGUGAUCGUGCCAAUUCGCUGCAGGCACGCAUCGAUCGCUUAGCCAUUAAGGUAACACAACUGGACAGUACCGUGGAGGAAGUGCCCCUAACGGACAUAACACGAAAGAAAGCUUUUAAAUCUGCCAAAAAUUUCGAUCAGCAAAUAUUUUCACGAGCCACUAUGCCAGCGCCAAUGCUGGAAACGUAUGCACAAUGUGAUAAACCACCGCCACUGGAUAAACUGAACGUUUAUCGAGAUGAUGGAAAAGAUGGUCUUAAAUUCUAUACAGAUCCUAAUUAUUUCUUUGAAUUGUGGCGUCAGGAGAUGCUUAAGGAUACGGAACGUGUUAUGCACGAUAAGGGCAAGAAAAUGCAUCGGCCACGACAGGAUGGCGGCGCCAGUGGACGUGGUCAUAAGAAACGAGUGCGUACACCCCACAAUACACGAGAGAAACAACGACAAAUUGCUAUCGGUCAUGGUGAAACUUUAAUGCCAAAUAAUGUUAUUUAUCGAACACCAAAUUCUGUGGUCAACGAGGAAGCCGGUUAUGGCGGUAGCAAUGUUAAACCUUAUAAUAUGCUUUCACAUUUGGAAAAUAACAGUAAUCUGGCGAAGCAAACUGCUGUUGCCAUUGCAGGUAUGGGCAUUUACGAGACACGACCAGCACGACCCAAUUCCAUCGAGUUGCGACGCAGUUAUCAAUCAGAACAAAUUGAUGGUGUUUAUGGACCGUUAUCGCCACAAACCGCUGCUAAUAUGAUGACGAAUGCCCAAGGUGGCAGUCAGUAUGCUACGACAGCAUAUGCUGCCAAUGGCAUGCAUCCGUCACAGCAAAUUCAGCAGCAUCAGGGCAUGGCUGGCAUGCAGCAUCAUCAGCAACAACAGUCACAUCUGCAGCAACAACAGCAGCAGCAACAAAUGUACGACGAUGCUCUCUAUCAUCAAUCGCAUGCAUUGUAUGGACAAACCGGUCAAGGUCCAAUGUCGCCCGAGCCGAUAUACGCUCCCGGCACACCAUCACGUACCAAACCGCGUCCCUCACAACCACCACCGGCACCACCAUCCAAUGGCAGUGGCGGUGGUACACCAACAGCUUCCAGCGCAAAUACACCUACUCGGGGUCGCAGUAUGUCUACAAGUCGUGAUGCUCUGCCACCACCGCCUCCCAUACCAGAUGGUAUGAUCAAUACAACUUCACCGUCACAAAUGUUGGCUCAAUUGAAUGGUGGCGGCAGUGGUCAUAUUGCAGCGAAAUUAUUGGCACGUACCAAUAGUACAUCGAGAGCUGGCUCUCCACAAUUGGCACCAAGCAACAGUGUCCAGGAUGCAAAUGCCUUGGUAAUGGCACAAUUAAAUAACACAAUUAAUAGUUUCAACAGUAUGACAAUGGGUGUUGGUAUGCAGCAAAUGACUUCGUUGAAUGAUUUGCCACCACCACCGCCGGUGCCUGAUCAGCACGAACCAAAGUUAUCGCCACCAAAUGCGGCGCCACCACCACCUCCUCCUCCACCACCACUGGACGAGAACGGUUCAUCGCCGAUUAACCAAGGACCACAUCAAAUUAUGCCAAAAUCAUUGCCAAAUGGUGAUAUUCAAUCCAACGGAAUGAUGGGUGGACCAAAACCACAGCCUAAGAAAAUAUUACCACCAAUUUACGAUACAAGAUCCGAUUUAAUGAAGGCCAUAAGAGAUGGAAUAACACUACGCAAAGUGGAAAAAUCCGAACAAAAAGAAAUUGAACGUAACACUGGCCUUCAUGAUGUGGCCUCUAUUUUAGCUAGACGUGUUGCAAUAGAACUUUCCGAAUCCGAAGACUCGGACAGUGAUGACGAUAGUGAGGGUUGGAUGGAACCAAAUGAAACUUCUGCUUGAUCCCUUAUGUCUUCUUUAAUACCUGAAAAAAUCAAAAAGAAAAAGUAAAUUUAAUGGAAAAAACUACAAUAGCAUUUGUUUAUGUUUCAUGUAUGUAACGCUACAUGUGAAUAGUGCAUUUGAAAAUAGCAACUAGUUAAAAAAAAAUGAAUGUCUUUAACAACCUUUUCCUCUUUAACCAACAAAAAAAACCAGACACUCUUCCUCUCUUAACAAAAAGCAACACAAAAUAUUAAUUAAAUAAAUAAUAACAAAAAAACCGAAUGAAUAUUUAGAAUCAUGUCUUGAAAAGAAAUGUUUUUUUAGCAGUCAUUAAUCAUAUUAAAAAACAAAUAUUAUUAUUUUUAAAUUAUUGCUGUAAAAGCAAAAAAUUAAAAGCAAAUGAAACGAAAAUAAAGUUGAAUAAAGUAAUGAAAAGUAAUUGAUAUAAACUUCUUUAAGAAAAAUAACAAUAAUAGUAACAACAACAACAAAAAGUUAAUCAAAACAAAAAAUAACAACAAAUUUAAUAUUCAUAUAGAUAUUUCUUUUAAAAGAAAGAGUAAUAUGUAUUACAAUAAUAUAUUAAUAAUAAUAAUUACACAACUAUAUAAAAUAGUAAUAUUAAAUUAACUUUUGUAUAUAUAAAAAAAUAAUAAAUUUAAAAUAAAAAUCGUUAAUUUUUUAUAUAAAUAUAAUAAUAAACAAAAACACAGAUAUACAUAAAUUAUUAUUAAUAUAUAUUAAAAACAUUUAAAAAAAAACUUAAAAAUAAACAAAUUUUGCUCUAGUAUUUAUAAAUUGUAUUUAUCCUACAAUUUUCUUUUUAUAUAUUAAA